AUGUCGAAACCAAAAAAUGAACAACCACAAGAAGUCAAAGAUAGUAAGAUUGGUGUGGAAAAAACACUAAGAAUUAAUAAGACUUUGAAACCCUCUUUAAUGGCGGUUGACGAACGUGAACCAUAUCAACCACCGCAAGAUGUCAAUAAUGACAAAAAAGGAUCAACCAUAAAGGAAACUGUUAAUAAAGCAUUUUCUGGUCUUCAACUAGAUAAAGACGUUCACAGUGAACUACGAGGUCCUCAUGGAUCCGAUCAUCAACAAGCAAGUGGAUGGGCUCUAGGUGCCGACAGAAGUCAACAGGGUGAUAUAAACCUUCCUUAUACCGAAUGA